GGCAUUCAGUGGAUUCCUUGUCUGGACUCCGGUGGGACGGGACAGAACAGGACGGGCUUGCCUUGGGGAGACCUGCUCUGGGUUCAGAGCCAUGACAAGAGCUGUAGCUAAGGAAGGAGAGCCUAAUGGGGCCAUCACAGUUCCUGAAGAGAUAAAAAAGGAAGAAAUGGAAGAGAGAGGCCAGUGGAGCAGCAAAGUGGAGUUUGUGCUGUCUGUGGCCGGGGAGAUCAUUGGUCUGGGUAAUGUGUGGAGGUUCCCAUACCUCUGCUACAAGAAUGGCGGUGGAGCAUUCCUCAUCCCUUACCUCAUCUUCCUCUUCACCUGUGGGAUCCCCGUCUUCUUCCUGGAGACAGCGCUGGGACAGUACACCAACCAGGGAGGGGUCACUGCCUGGAGGAAGAUUUGUCCCAUCUUUGAAGGAAUUGGAUAUGCCACACAAGUCAUCGAGUGCUAUCUGAAUAUCUACUACAUCAUCAUUCUCUCCUGGGCACUCUUCUACCUCUUCAGCUCCUUCACCACAGUGCUACCAUGGGCCAACUGCAAUAACCCCUGGAACUCAGAUCUCUGUGUGGACAUUCUGAAUAGAUCCAGCUGGGACAACAGGACCGUGCCUGCGAACGCCACCUCCCCAAUGAUUGAGUUUUGGGAGAAGCGAGUCCUGGGGCUCACGGAUGGUAUUCACAAACUGGGCACUGUGCGCUGGGAGCUGGCUCUGUGUCUUCUGCUGGCGUGGAUCAUCUGCUACUUCUGCAUCUGGAAAGGGGUCAAGUCCACAGGCAAAGUUGUUUACUUCACCGCCACCUUCCCAUACGUGAUGCUCAUCAUCCUGCUGGUGCGAGGAGUCACGCUGCCGGGUGCUGUCGAGGGGAUCAUCUUCUACCUGAAGCCAGACAUCUCCAGGCUGACAGACCCGCAGGUCUGGAUGGACGCAGGCACUCAGAUCUUCUUCUCUUAUGCCAUUUGCCAGGGGUGCCUGACUGCUCUGGGCAGCUACAACAAAUACACCAACAACUGCUACAGGGAUUGCAUCAUGCUCUGCUUCCUGAACAGUGCCACCAGCUUCGUUGCUGGCUUUGCCAUUUUCUCUGUGCUGGGCUUCAUGGCUCGAGAGCAGGGUGUGCCCAUUGCAGAAGUGGCUGAAUCAGGUCCUGGCCUGGCUUUCAUAGCAUAUCCAACAGCAGUAACGAUGAUGCCUGUGUCUCAGCUCUGGUCCUGCCUCUUCUUCCUCAUGCUGAUCUUCUUGGGACUGGACAGCCAGUUCGUCUGUGUGGAAAGCAUGGUGACAGCUCUUAUUGACUUGUUCCCGGGAGUGUUUCGAAAGAAGGGUCGUCGGGAGCUGCUGAUCCUGGCCAUUGCAGUCAUAUGCUACCUGCUGGGCUUACUGCUGGUCACUGAGGGUGGGAUGUACAUCUUCCAGCUCUUUGACUACUAUGCUGCCAGUGGCACAUGCCUGCUCUUCCUGGCCAUUUUUGAAGUCAUCUGUGUAGGAUGGGUGUAUGGUGCCAACCGCUUCUAUGACAACAUUGAGGACAUGAUUGGUUUCCGGCCGUGGCCCUUGAUCAAGAUAUGCUGGCUGGUGUUCACCCCAGGUCUGUGCUUGGCUGUCUUCCUGUUUUCCCUGAUCAAGUACACACCUUUGAAAUACAACAACACCUACGUGUACCCGUCCUGGGGCUACGUGGUGGGCUGGCUGAUGGCACUCUCCUCCAUGGUCUGCAUUCCUCUCUACGCCAUCUUCAUCCUCCUGAAAACCAAAGGACCCCUGAAGCAGCGGCUGACACAGCUGAUUUCCCCAGCGGAGGACCUGCCUCAGCCGAAGAAGCACAUGGUGGGUCUGUCCGAACUGAAGCGCCAGGGAUGGUCCCCACCCAUCCAGGAGGUUCUCAGCAUCACAGAGAGAGAAACCCACUUCUAAGACACUGGGGAAGUCUCCUUCAUGCCCCGGACUGAUUCACCCUCUCCUUCCCAAAGUGGUUUCUUUUCUCUCCUGGGCUCUUCUCUCCUUCACGCCUGAGACAGAAGCAUCUGGGACACCCGCUCCUUCCAGCCACCUGGUUGCAUCCACAAGGGACAGCCUUUCUUUUGACUCCCUGGGGACAAUUCUCCCUGUCAGCAGCUGGGGAGAGAGCAACACACUUUUGUCAGAAGUACUGAUAUUGGUGGGGAAGAGAAAAACAACGUAUUAACAAAAAAAGAAAAAAGGGGGUCAUGUUUGGAGGAGGAGGAAAGGAAACCACAG